AGGCCUAUUGUGCGACGGAAGUGGGAUAUCCCUAUUCCCUGUCAAAUAUCGCUCUGCUUUUCUUAAAUACCUCUCCGCUAUAACCACAAAAACAGCUCAUAGCUCGUUGGGAACUAGACUCAUUUGUGCGGGAAUUAGACUCCUGCGGCUAGUCCAUACACUUGUUAGUUACAUAUAAACUGACAAAAGAGUCCGAGGUUGCCGCAUAGUUAUAUUAGCACACUAGCUCUCAGGCAGACCACGAUAGAGGCCAUCGUUUCCGCAUAGAAUCAAGCAUAAAGGGCCAAGCCCAGGAAAACGGUUGUUACCCCACUGUGGAUUCCCUGAAUAGUACCAGGGUGGAGGCAGUCGUAGGCAUAGUGGGCGCCACGUGAAGUGUGGUUUCGGCUUCCUCCAUGAGUAACAACGCUGGUCAAAGAGCUCCACGGACCCGGGCGGCGAAGGAAGCCCAGGGGGCAGGGGGGACAACGACAUGGAUCCCUCAGGACCAGAGAAUGGACCCAUCCUACAGGCCAACCACCACUGCAGGCCCAACCACAACAUGCAGUGGUGGAGGGAACUCCUGUGUCCUGAGUAAGCUGAUCCAGCUGCCGGCUCCGCCGCUGUCGCGCCACCAGCUGAAGAAGUUGGAGGAGCACAGGUAUAGCAGUGCAGGCCAUUCCCUUCUGGAGCCCUUCAUGCAGCACUACUGGGAGUGGCUAGUGGCGCGUGUGCCGGCAUGGAUAGCCCCCAACCUCAUCACUAUCGUGGGCUUGGCCACAAACAUCCUCACCACAUUGGUUUUGGUGUACUACUGCCCCACUGCCACUGAACAGGCACCUCUGUGGGCAUACCUGUCUUGUGCAGUGGGCCUCUUCAUCUACCAAUCACUGGACGCCAUCGAUGGGAAGCAGGCACGGCGCACCAAUAACAGCACCCCGCUGGGAGAGCUCUUUGACCAUGGUUGUGACUCCCUCUCGACAGUGUUUGUGGUCCUGGGUACCUGCAUCGCCGUCCAGCUUGGCACUAACCCCGACUGGAUGUUCUUCUGCUGCUUUGCCGGCAUGUUCAUGUUCUACUGUGCCCACUGGCAGACCUACGUAUCAGGCACCCUGCGCUUUGGCAUCAUUGAUGUGACUGAAGUGCAGUUCUUCAUUAUAAUCAUGUAUUUGCUGGCUGCCAUCGGAGGAUCAGCUUUUUGGCAGUUCUUGAUCCCUGGGGUGAACAUCCAGAUUAAGAUAAUUCCAGCCAUCCUCACUGUGGCAGGAGCCAUCUUUUCCUGCACCAACUACUUCCGGGUCAUAUUCACGGGAGGUGUAGGAAAGAACGGAUCCACCAUAGCGGGAACGAGUGUCCUGUCACCGUUCUUCCACAUAGGGUCAGUUAUCACUCUGGCUAUUAUGAUCUACAAGAAGUCUGCGUCCCAGCUGUUUGAGAAGCACCCCUGUCUCUACGUCCUGGCCUUUGGGUUUGUGUCGGCCAAGAUCACCAACAAGCUAGUGGUGGCUCAUAUGACCAAAAGUGAGAUGUCUCUCCAUGACUUGGCUUACCUGGGGCCAGGGCUGCUCUUCUUGGACCAGUAUUUUAAUAGCAUCAUAGACGAGUACUUGGUCCUCUGGGUGGCACUAUUCCUGUCCAUCUUUGACCUGGUGCGCUACUGCGUCAGCGUCUGCAACCAGAUCGCCUCCCACCUGCACAUCUUUGUGUUCAAGAUCAAACCCCCCAACCUGCGGCCCGUUGCUGCAUCCCAGUCAGGCAAAGAUGUGUGGUGACACUUGUGUCCCUGGUCUGGUGACACUGUCCGUACGGAGAUGAAGUUGGUGGGUGUACCUCUACCGCCCUUGUCACCACAGGAUUCCCAUUGGAUGAAACAAAUUGGAGGCGGUCUCUCUACGAAUGUAUUAGCCAAUGAAAUUAUGAAUACAUUGAGGGCGGUGGGGGGAAAAAAGAAAAUUAUUUAUUUCAAUCUAUUUGUUGUGCAAUAAUCCUCUGUUUUUGCCGAUGUUGUGUUGUUUUGGUGUUAAAGGUUCAUAACCGAAGAGAAAGGGGUUUUGUUUAGUUUGUCAUAAAAGAGCACCCCGCUAUUUGGUAACAAACUAUUUGAGCAUUAGUUGUCUAACCAAACUUUAUGGAUAGGGGUUAAUGUUGCUUACUAUAACCAUGCUGCCACUAUCUGUGUAUUAGCUAUUUUUUGGACUGAAAUAAAUGUUUUCCAUGGGAAGGAGCAGAUUAUACCUAACCAAGUAAUAUUAUAUUUAUCUACAGGAAAAACACCUACAGUUUAUUAAUGUGUCAGAGCAGUAUGACGGAAUUUAAAUGUCUCUGUUCUUUCAGUAUUGGUACUAGUUCAGCUCCUCUACGUACAAUAACUACUUGUUCCACUCAAAACAUUAGUCCUCUGUUCAAGGUGUAGUUCUGUGUACUGCAUUCUGGGGUCUCGUCAUUAACCAAGUAUUACACUUUAGAACUAUACCCAUCCAUGGUCAAACAUAAGGAAUGUUUUUUUUUCUGCAAAAGUUAAGGAAUGCCUCUUACCUUACCGAUUUAGCUUAUAUCAAACAGUGACGCACAGAGUAUUCAAAUGUCUGCAGCUAAUGUCUCAUAACAAGAGUAGAACUUGUCAUUGUUCUCUUUUGUGUGUAUCAUAUGCAUGGGAUGGGCAUUACAACCCACUGGUCACAGCCAAUAUAUCUAACUGAUGGUGUUCAACCAAUCGAAACACCCAUUCAAACGUACCUUUUUUUCCCCCUUGGAUUGUUUGUCAUUUCUGAGCAAUGCAGAGAUUUUGAAAAUUAAAUGCGAAGGGUGAAUCAAUCGUUGGCCGUUAAAAAAAAUGCUUCUGUCAUUCUUUUGUGUUUGGUCAAAAUUGUUACUUUGUCAAAGAAAAUACAUUUUUUAAUAAACAAGCUUAUGUAAAAUAAAGA